CCGCAGUGUCGUCUACACUUUCUUGUCUUCACACUUAUAUUCGCAUAUUAUUCCUGGAUAUGGAGACAGCCAUGAUAGCUCACCCAGACGCGGACCUUCCUGCCCCAGUUGUGGCGAAAACGCCCAAAGUCAAGAAGUUGAAGCCAGCGCGCAAACAAGUCAAGCCUGGAGACGUCGAGAAGUCAGAGGCACCUCAGACAGGAAAAGAGUAUAAUAUAUGGUACAAUAAAUGGGCAGGUGGUGACAGGGAAGAUAGUUACUCAAACAAGACAAAGUCGCAAACUCGGUGCUCCAUCAAGCGCGAUGCUGGUCUUACACGCGCUAACACCACAGGCAUCAAAUACUGUUGUAUCUUCUUCGCCCGAGGCUGUUGUCCCUAUGGUUGGGAAUGCGAGUACCUGCACACAUUACCCGACCCUGCGACUGCGCUACCAGAUUCUUCAAAGGAUUGUUUUGCGCGCGACAAAUUCAGUGACUACAGGGACGACAUGGGUGGUGUCGGGACAUUCACGAGGCAGAACCGAACGCUGUAUGUGGGGCGGAUCAAGGAGACUGGUGUGGGUACAGAGACCGAGGAUGUCGUGCGGAGACAUUUUAAGGAGUGGGGCGAUGUCGAGCGAAUCAAAAUUCUCCAGUACCGCUCUGUCGCCUUCGUCACCUACGUCUCCGAGCUCCAUGCGCAAUUCGCCAAAGAGGCUAUGGCCUGUCAAUCCCUCGACAACGACGAGAUUCUGAAUGUCCGCUGGGCCACCGAAGACCCUAACCCCGUGCAGAAAGUGGCUGAGAAGAGGAGGUUAGAGGAGAUGGGCCAGGAGGCAAUCAGGGCUAGAAUGGAUCCGAAGAUUGUGGACGCGAUGAGGAGCGUACGAGCGCUAGAGGAAGGAGCCACGACUGAUGGACAACUUCUGCUGGAGGAGAGCGAACGGGACGCGGAUGAAGAGGGCAGCGAUGGAGAGAGGCAAGGGAAGAGAAGACGAGUGGAUUAUGAACAGGAGGCGGAAGAGAUGUUGAAUGAGAUGGAGGCAGAGUCGCCACCACCGGAAGCGCCACCUGGUCCAAAGGGGCUUUUAUCGUCGGAUACGCUCGAAGGUCUCCGAUACCUUGCUCAGAUUCGGCAGAAGAGUAAGCCUGCAGCCACGUCCAAACCAAAGGCUCCUACCAAACCGCCGUUGUUGGAUUUGGGCGGGUAUGGGAGCGAUGAUGAUGAGUGAACGGCGUCUUGUCAUUCGGGUUCAACUAUUUUGAGGGGAGGACGCGAUCGGUUCGUUUGCUUACAUUCUCUCGUGUAUUACUUAUUGUGCUUCAUCCCUCGCUGAAAUCGAGUGCACUCCAACCGGUCUAAAGCCAC